AUGCUGUUUCUGGGGGCGGUCCUUGCGCUGCUUCGGCAGUCACAUCGAGCGUUUGAGGUACCAAAGGAGAGUCGUUCGCUGGCCACCCAUCCAUCGCUGCUUCCGCCUCCCGAUUCUGCGGCAACGGAGCAAAUUCAGAUUGCUCCCAUUCGUAGGGAACCAACAGCGUUAUCGAAGCCAACGGAGGCUCCCUCGACUGCAGCAAUCACGGAAGAAUCUGCGACCAGAGAAACGGAGGCAUCCGAGUCUUCAGCAACGAAGACUCCUGAGGCGCCAACAAGUACCUCAGAGACUCCUGGCGGCCACAUGGGGAACCUUAUUCAUCAAGUACAAUCACUGGAAACCAGUUCGAGCAACAACCGGCGUCUUCAUCUCCGCGUUGAUUGGUCGAAUCUACCGGUCCAAUCCGCAUUAGCUCAACAAAUUCGACACGAUCAGACCCAAUGCCGAUCCAACAACAACAACAAUUCGCCGAGCUAUUGGAUUCAUCAACCCCGACGCAAUGGAUUAGGUCAGAUGCUGCACAUGUGGUCGCAGAGCGUCUGCAGUGCCAUGCAAACCGAGAAACAGGUGUUGACCCGGGGAGCGUUUGCUUGGAUGCACAAUCGAUGCGAUCCGGGUGGCCAAAAGGUUGCCGACUACAGUCAAGCGUUUUCUCCGUUUUCCUGCUACUUUGGAAGCCAUCUGGAAGUCACUCCCGAAACCUGUCCUGGCAUUCAACUGCCACAGUCCAAGGACGAUCCAUUGAUUGCCAACUUUACCACGGAAAUGGCACCCCGGAUGUGCGAUGACAUACUGCAACGCCACAAUGCUACAGUCGGUGACUUUCGGGCCGCCACGACGGAAUGGAUGUUUAGCAACGUUCAGGAUAUCCUGCUUGCUGAAGCCAAGGCGCAACUACUGCAAGCCUUUGGAGACGAAGGCCUGCCGGACCCGGAGCAUUUGGUCACGGUACACAUUCGAUGGGGCGACAAGAAAAAGGAAAUGAAGCUACGACCUGCCAAAGACUACGUCAAGGAAGUACACAAGUUGAUUGGACGCCACAAGACUAAAGACCCCAACUAUCCACUGCACGUGUACAUUGCGGCAGAAGAUGUCAAUGCGAUUGACGGCUUUCAAAAUGCGUCACCCAAGCACUGGAAGAUACACCAUUCGGGUCCACUCACCAAGAAGAGAAAGGGGGUUGAAAUCAAGAACAUGGCCAAAAUGGCCAGCAGCAAAGCAGGUCUAUCCUCUUUGGGUGCCCUGCUGUUGUCCAUGGAAGCGAACUAUUAUGUGCUCACCACCAAGAGCAAUUGGAGUCGUCUGAUCAACGAAUUGCGAAAGAAUGUGAUUGAUCCACGGUGCAAUGGUUGUACUCGAAUGUCUGACUUGAUUCCUGGCGAGUGGUAG